GACAGACAGCAGCGGUAUAUAAACAUGGCUACGCUGCUCAACGGUAGAUUUCAUGCGGGCUAUCGUUGAAAGCCAUACGUAAACAAGAAAUAAACAACAAAUCGAGCACUUUUAAUGUAAUUUUUAACGGGAGGCCAGGGGAAAUCAGUCGAUCCUACGUCUGAAAGGCUGUGAAAGCAAGAGGAGGACACCGCUGUACCGCUAAACAUAAAAUGGAAAACCAGGACAGAGACUCCGGGGACAUCAUUCCUGUGGUCAUUAUCGGAAAUGGGCCAUCUGGGAUCUGCCUGUCUUACCUGCUCUCGGGUCACACUCCAUACGUGUCCCAGGACGCUGCUCACCCAAACCCUCUGCUCCAGCACAAACUGAGGGAGCAGCCCGACCUGUCGCUGCUAGAACAGGACCUGGAGUACCUGUGUGAGGGUCUCGAGGGGCGGUCUUCUAACCCCGUGGCGGUCCUGUUCGACUCUCUGCUGCUGCCAGACAGUGACUUUGGGCUGGAGCACUCCUCUCCUCUAAUCUGGAGAUAUGAGCCGGAGCGAGCCAUCCCUCACCUGGUGUUGGGUAGGGGGCCCCCUGGUGGAGCAUGGCAUGCGAUGGAGGGGUCCAUGCUGACUCUGAGUUUGGCAAACUGGAUGGAACUGCCUGGACUCAAACUCAAAGACUGGCUCAGAGAGAAACGCAGAAAUGUACGCAACGACAGAGCCACACCUGCAGAGAUAGCCUUGUAUUACCAGCACUACGUUUCCCAGAAGUCUUUAGAGCAGAACUUUGCCUGUGGGACAACGGUUACCGAGGUGACCAGAGUGCAUGGCGACGGAGAUGAGCCAUGUUGGAGAGUAACUGGAGUUCAGCGCCGUGAAGGAGAGGAGCUCGGAGAUGGUGGCACCGUGUCAGAGGAGGUCCCAUUCUCCAUUUUGGCCCGUAACGUGGUUUUGGCGACGGGGACCCAUGAUAUUCCGGCCCGCCUCAGAGUCGACGGAGAGUCCCUGCCCUUUGUCUGUCACUCGUUCUGGGAGCUGGAGGCCGCUAUCUCCCGCGGCGAGCUUGACGAAUUGUCUGAGCCUGUUCUGGUGGUGGGGGCGGGUCUUACGGCCGCGGAUGCCGUACUGGCCACUCGCCAUCUGAGUGCACCGGUGUACCACGCUUUCAGACGCUCCGUAACCGACCCAGGGCUGAUAUUCAACCAGCUACCCAAACUGCUCUACCCAGAGUACCACAAGGUUCACCAGAUGAUGACCCAACAGCAGUACGGCUCUCCGACCUCCUCCUCUUCCUCAUCUUCGUAUCCAAACUACCUCAGCUUCCCAAAACACAGAGUCGUCAAAUUCCUCCCAAACAAAAAAUGCAUCCUCGAAUCGGACUUGGGCCAAAAGACUGCAAUCCAGGUCUCCAAAGCUUUAGUCCUCAUCGGAUCCCACCCAAAUCUCUCCUUUCUCCCAGAUCACGGUCGCUCACUCGGUGUAUACCGAAACGAACCAAUAUCCUGUCGGCGAAAUCCCAUUGAUGUAGACCCAUUCACAAACCGGGUCACAGAAGCUCCUGGGAUGUACGCAAUGGGCCCACUAGUGGGAGAAAACUUUGUAAGGUUUUUAAAAGGAGGAGCGCUAGCAAUCGUUAGCGACCUGCACAAAAGGCAAAAACUCCUAAUGGAUGACACGUGGGUCAGGGCAGACACAGACUGGAGCAUAAAGGGUUGAUGGAAAAGUCGGCUUGAAUUUGCCCUCUUCUGAAUUCCUCAAAGUGCAUUAUCCAAAGUGCUAUGUUUUUUCAUUAUACCUUCCAUCUAUCAAGGAGUAAAGCCUUUAGAAAGAAGUGCGAUUUAAGAAGUCAAGGAAUAUAAAAGUAAAUGGCAAAUAAGGUAGGCAAAGUGUAUUAGCCGCUAAUUGUGCUAUGGUGUUUUUUAUCUAACAUUAUACCAUCUGUCUAUCAAGGAAUAACGACUGUAGAAACAAGUGCUAGUUAUAAGGUCAAGGAAUCAGGAAAUAAUUGGCAACAAAUAGGAUAGCACAUUAGCCGCUUAAGGGCUACUAUAUUGUGAACAUAUCAUCUAGGUAUCAUUGAAAGAGGCCAGCUAAAAUGGAAUGGAACAUCAAAAACGGCCAUUACCAUGGAAAUCUGUCAUGUUUGUGGGAUUAGUGCAAAACUCCCAUAUGUUAACUAAAACGAAGUUAAAAAGUAAACAAAAGCGUUUUGGAACUCUAUAGUUCAGAAAACCCAUAGUAACCCAGAAAAACUUUCUGAAAAAAAAAAAAAAGUUUGCAAAUGUGAUCAGGUGUAAUCGGCUACAUGGUAACUAAUAACCACAAGACCUAUAAUUUUAUUUAAAAUUCGUUUCUGAAAACCACUAAGUUAUUAAAAUAUUUCACAGAAUCUUUCAUUUUAAUUGGACUUAAAACAACCAUAUUAUGGAUAUUGGUUACCACGUAGCUAGUUAACCUCCGUGACGUCUUUGAACUCUUAACAUUUUCAUUUUUGGAAAGUCUAUGGGAAAAAUUAAUGAACAGUUUAAUUCCAGAAGCGGAGGGGCCACUCACUUUUUAGGCCCAUUUCAUCAUCUGGAUUUUCUUGAUAUUAGUUGUUUACAAAUUACUUUGCCCAUCAUCUUAGCUAUUACAUGGCACCUGAGAUCUGACAACAUGAGCUCUCACAGUUGAAGUGUGACUAUAGUUUAAUCAAUAUACUAUCUGUUCCCUAAUUCAUGUUAUAGAUGCUUACAUGGAAAGAAAGUGUAUUCACUGCAUAAAUGCUAGUAUGUUUUUAACCUAUCAAGUUACUAUUCAUCUCAUGUCCUUUUUCUCAUAUAGAUGAAAAUAUUAAACAAAGUGCAUUAUACAUUUCUUUAAAAUAAAAAAAAAAUCCAAAUUAGAGCUAGAUAAAGGGGGUCAGUUAGAGAGAGAAAAAAGCUAAUUAUGUGAAAACAAAUAUUGAAAAAAGCAGCUGGCGUUUGUUAACCCAACUCCCAAUAUCAAACUAUUUAAAUCAGAAGAAAAUUGAAUUUGUUAAGCAAAAAUGUAGAAAAUAUUUUAGAGAUUUUAAGCAUUCAUACUCAAAUAAUCAAAAACUUUAUGGUUUUAAUGAGUGUAAAUGCAUUCUUUAUUUAUUUAUUUAUUUAUUACCAGUAAUGCAAAAUCUUAUAAACAACAUCAUUGACAUUGCACAAUUUCUUUUGCAUCUUCUUGGAAAAGGAAAAAAAAAAUCAGGUCUACAUUAAACAAAUCAUUGAAUUGCUCAAGUUUUUAUUUAAUUGAAAAUAAAAAUUAGGGUUACUAUUAUUCUACCAUAUCCUUACUCCAUAAUGUCUGAGCAUUGACUUGAAUUGAAUUUUGGAAUUGGUAUGAAACACGCACAUUUUGUUAAGAGAAGCAGGGGGCAUUUUAACAGUUUUAAGGACUUUUUAUGUAUAUUUAUGUUUGUAUAUAUAAAAUCGGGUAAAUUACUAACUUUUGAUAUUAAGGUACGUGAAUUUGAUUAAAUUGAUGUAUAAUUGUAUAAUAUGGUGAAACCUAAUCAAACCUGGAGAUGUACUGAAAUUUUAAUAUGCACUAACUUCUAUUGUUUGCCCAAUAACACUAUGGAAUACUGUCUCAUAUUUUAUAUGGAGGUUAAAGUAUAUUUUGUACAAUUUGAUUAUUAAUGUUCUAGAUAUUUAACUAUUAAAAGCUUUUAUACAUUGGG